CGGCAGAGGCGGUAGCUCUCGCCAUUGCCGCUGGUGGCAGGAGGCGGCGAGGAGCCGGCGCGGUCGCAGUCUCCACGGCGCAGGCCCGCGGUAGCGCAGCCGCUCUGAGUAUUUAUUCAUGGAGGAGCACGGAGUGACCCAGACAGAACAUAUGGCUACCAUCGAAGCUCAUGCAGUGGCCCAGCAAGUACAGCAGGUCCAUGUAGCCACCUACACAGAGCACAGUAUGCUGAGUGCUGAUGAGGACUCUCCUUCUUCUCCUGAGGACACCUCCUAUGAUGAUUCGGACAUCCUCAACUCUACUGCUGCUGAUGAAGUGACAGCCCACCUGGCUGCUGCAGGUCCUGUGGGAAUGGCUGCUGCUGCUGCUGUGGCAACAGGAAAGAAGCGAAAACGACCCCAUGUUUUUGAAUCUAAUCCUUCCAUCCGGAAGAGGCAGCAGACCCGAUUGCUAAGGAAACUUCGAGCUACCCUAGAUGAAUAUACAACACGAGUGGGACAGCAAGCUAUUGUCCUGUGUAUCUCUCCCUCAAAACCCAACCCUGUUUUUAAAGUGUUUGGUGCAGCACCUUUGGAGAAUGUGGUGCGCAAGUACAAGAGCAUGAUCCUUGAAGACUUGGAAUCAGCCUUAGCAGAACACGCCCCUGCGCCACAGGAGGUUAACUCGGAGCUGCCCCCUCUCACCAUCGAUGGAAUUCCUGUCUCUGUGGACAAGAUGACCCAGGCUCAGCUUCGGGCAUUCAUCCCAGAAAUGCUAAAGUACUCCACAGGCCGUGGGAAGCCAGGAUGGGGGAAGGAGAGCUGUAAACCGAUAUGGUGGCCAGAAGACAUCCCAUGGGCAAAUGUCCGCAGUGAUGUCCGAACAGAAGAACAAAAACAGAGGGUGUCGUGGACCCAGGCAUUACGGACUAUAGUCAAGAACUGCUAUAAACAACAUGGACGGGAAGACUUGUUGUACGCUUUUGAAGAUCAGCAAACACAACAGCAGGCCACAGCAACACACAGUAUAGCACAUCUGGUACCCUCCCAGACUGUAGUCCAGACCUUUAGCAAUCCUGACGGCACCGUCUCCCUCAUCCAGGUUGGUACAGGAGCAACAGUAGCCACUUUGGCUGAUGCUUCUGAAUUGCCUACCACUGUCACUGUUGCCCAAGUGAAUUACUCUGCUGUGACUGAUGGAGAGGUAGAACAAAAUUGGGCCACACUACAGGGGGGUGAGAUGACCAUCCAAACAACACAGGCCUCAGAAGCAACCCAAGCAGUGGCAUCAUUGGCAGAGGCUGCUGUGGCAGCUUCUCAGGAGAUGCAACAAGGAGCAACUGUCACCAUGGCUCUCAACAGUGAAGCCGCCGCCCAUGCUGUCGCCACACUGGCUGAGGCCACACUGCAAGGGGGAGGACAGAUCGUCCUGUCUGGGGAAACCGCAGCAGCCGUAGGAGCACUUACUGGAGUCCAGGAUGCUAAUGGCUUGGUGCAGAUUCCGGUGAGCAUGUAUCAGACUGUGGUAACUAGCCUGGCCCAGGGGAACGGUCCGGUCCAGGUGGCCAUGGCACCGGUGACUACCAGGAUAGCAGACAGUGCUGUCACCAUGGAUGGCCAGGCCGUGGAGGUGGUGACGUUGGAACAGUGACACUGGCCUGGGUCAGGGGCCGUUUUCUAUUCUACGACAAAGAAGUUUUUUACACGUUUGCAGAAGUGUGAUCAGGCACCAUUAAGUCUCCCAACGUUGGAAGCAAGUCUUGUUAUCCUUUUUUUUUAAAGGAAAAAAAAGGGGGGGAGCAGAGGACACAUAAAAUGGCAUUUUUUUUAAAGCACCACUCUUGAUUUUCUGAUGCAGUGGAGUUAAGUGCAACGUUGCCGAUUUCACUGUCCAGAAAAGGCCAAAUUGUGGCAGGACUCCUUUCUGCGGAAACGUGUGUAUAUACAUGUGUGUGUGUGUGUAUGGAAAAAAAUAUAUGUAUAUGUGUACAUAAGUAUAUACACAUUUACAUAUAUAUGAAAUAUAUAUGUGUGUAUAUAUGUAUAUAUAUGAGAAACCCACAUUAAAUUAGCUGUAUGAAAUCAAGGUGAGCUGUGGAAAAAGUAAUUCACCCAGUUUAGUGGGUGGUAGGUUACACAGCUAGACACAGUUGCUCUGCUAUAUGUUUCUACCAGGGCCAUGCAUUGAGCUACUGACAGACUCAGGCAGAGGUGGCCAUGCCCUCUGAGAAAGCUGCCCUACAAAUGGCAGCAAAAUCUUUCUACUGGACUCACCCCAAGGAAAGGAACAGCAGAGUGGGGUGGAUUUGGCAGUGUCCACAGGCAGGCAGGGACUGACACUCCUUGGGGGGAGCUCCCUCCUCCACCUCCCUUGGAAAACCCUUUGUUAAUCUCAUGGCAAUUUCGAUUUUGCUUUGGUCAGCCCUGGUUUUUUGGUCUUAUCCGUAUGAACUGAAGAAUAGCAAAGAUAGGUAAGAUUUGAGGAAACGUAUGUGUGUAUAUGUUAAAGAGAGUUUGUGAAAGAGAAAGAGUGUGUGUGUGUGUGUGUGUGAGAGAGAGAGAGAGAGAGAGAGAGAGAGAGAGAGAGAGAGAGAGAGAGAGAGAGAAAUUGGGAGAGAGAGUGAGAGACAGAAGAAAGGUGGGGAAAAUCUUCAAAGAAUAGGAGGUACCAACUACCUAAAAUGAUUUCUUUCCUGCAACUUUGUGGCUUCACAAUAUUAAACCCCAGAACUGAAAGGUACGUCUGAUUCAUAUGACUGUUACUGAUGAUAUUGGGUUAGAGUAAAAGAAAACAAAUGAACCAAGGAGAGUGUGUGUUCCCCACCCUCCAAGACUUUGAUUCCCUUUCAUUUUCUCUCUGCUUAAGUGACUUUGGAGAUAGGAGUGGAGGGUUUGCAUUUGCACCCCAGGAUCCUGGACAACACAGGUCCCACACCUGUCCCAGCAGGCCCUGUACAGCUUUCCUGCCCCUAACAGUGGUUGUUUGAUCUGUAUAUUCUUUUCACUCUAUUAAACACGAUUUCCCUGCUGCAAGCGUUGGAUUUCCAGUGGCAGAUGAUCACUCGAAUUCCCAGUGAGCCAAACCUUUGCUCCUUGAACACAGAAACCCCUCUUCCUCCCUCCUCCCAGACCCCCCUCCCUCUCCCAGUGUGUGCAGCAGCGUAUGUAUUUAAUGUUUUUUUAAUACAACAUUAAGAGAUUCUUCAUGUCUUGCUCAGCCUUUGAGAAAGUUUCAGAUUCUCGGAUUUGCUUGUUUUAUAUGAAGCUAUCCAAUGUUCUUUGUAUGUUUUUUUCUGUACGUAUUGGGGGGAGGGGGAACAUUUACAUAUAAACAGUCCUAAGUCUACAGUUUGUUAUUUUUUUAAUUAUUAUUAUUAUAAUUAUAAUUAUUUUUUAUUGUCAUUGUGAAGAUGUCCAGUGGCUUUAAAGUCCUUGUUUCCUUUGUGGUGAAAUAACCUCCUGGUAGUUUGGGAGAUUGCCAAGAAGAUGGAAAAAAAAUUGCAAAAAUCCAGUAGCAGAGCAUGGAAUCUGUGUUGUUUUCCCAUUCUGUUUAUUACUGCCUCAUUCAAUAAAUAGUUACAGAUGUGGCUACAGGAAGUGGGGAUGUGAGUUCAUCUCUGGUGGGUGGGGAGUCAUGGGAUGGAUCUUGGCC